CACCGUCGGCUCCAGUCAGGUUACACGCAGUGACCUCUGAUUGACGUCGGCCUCUAAGGCGUUUAGGAGCCGGACCAGCUAAGAAAUGGCUGAAGACACCAGGGGUGCGCCUAAAUAUGUUUCCCAGUCGAAGAACGAUCGUGGAAGCAUUCCAGCGAGAUCCUCCUCGAGCGACCAACGUGGUCGACCGGCUUCGGAACGCGAAGGCAGCAGCAAGGACAAAACCGAUAGUGGGCAUGCUCCUGCUGUCGCCAAAAAGCCGGGCUUUCCCGAUGCUGCGCUUGCUACAAGCAAAUCUGAUCAGCAGGAGACCGUCUCAAGCAGUUCACCCGGCGUUGCUUCAUCGUCGAGCAACACGCAAGCCAAGACACUCAGCAGCCCUUACUACGAAUCGGGGUCAAAUUCUGGGCGGACCCCAGAGUCACCGUACGGUAUUUCUGAGACUGAACGACUUCUGGCCGAGCUGACAGUGCUCAGGGGUCGCAAGAUGCCCCUGGACGAGAGCCAGCUUCCAGUGAGCCCCAUGCUGGAGCGAGGGCGCACGGCCUCCAAGGGACGGAGGGUGUCCAUCGACAUGUUACCCACCAUCGGCCUCAUCUCUCCUCGGAGCGCGCUUCGUCCGCCCGAACCUAGAGUGACGUCGGCGAGUCAAGGUGCCCCUACCGCCCCAUCAUAG